AUGCCGGCCACAUCUACAACCGACUUGCAACAGCUAGAUCCCACCGACGUGGACGAAGAGAUCGUCACCCACAGCAGCAUUAUUGGAUCCUACAAACCAGUUCUUAUAGAGCCGUCUGCCAUGAUUGCCGACAUCUUUACUCGCCCGCCCUUGGUCCGGGAUGUCCUUCUCACGGACACGUCUGACGUGCAGGACGAAACCGUCCAGCUCUGUCUGCCGUUCAUGGAUGGCCAGGAAGGCCAGGACGGGCUCUCGAACUACAACGACUUUGGGGUGCCCAGUCUGGAUCGGCAGCGGCACAUCAAGUUCCUCAAGGCCAGCUUGGGGACGCUCCCGGGCAGCUUUGUCAGCUACGACGCCAGCCGGCCUUGGUUGCUGUACUGGUGCCUCAACGGGCUCACACUUCUCGGCGAGGACGUGACGGUCUACCGCCAGCGUCUGGUCGACACGGCCAGGUCCAUGCAAAACGCUAGCGGCGGCUUCGGCAGCGGCCAUGGCCAGGUGUCACAUCUGGCCACCACGUACGCCAUCGUGCUCUCAUUGGCCAUCGUCGGCGGGCAGGAGUGCUACGAUGUCGUUGACCGUCGUGGUCUGUGGAAGUGGCUCUGUGCGCUGAAGCAACCGGACGGUGGAUUCCAAAUGUCGAUCGGUGCCGAAGUAGACCGUCCAGGACUUGCCAAAUAUGUCCAGAGGUGCCAGACGUAUGAGGGCGGAAUAUCGUCUCAGCCCGGGUCGGAGGCACACGGAGGAUAUGCGUUCUGUGCGCUUGGCUGUCUAUCUAUUCUGGACUCUCCUGACCGUUCCAUCUCACGGUAUGCCCCAUCCGAAUCCUUUGCAUCCGUCCAGUCACAGCUUGACAAGAAUCAAUGCAUGCUGGGCCCGGUCUGUGCUCACGAAGAUGGUGUUGAUGGUGGUGGCCGCAGGUGGCCGCAGGACGGCCGCUGGCGGCGAACGUAUCUCGAUGUGCAGCGUCUUGUAUCGUGGCUCUCAUCGCGCCAGUAUGCGCCCGAAGGCGGCUUUUCCGGGCGUACCAACAAGCUUGUCGACGGCUGCUACAGCCACUGGGUAGGCUCCUGCUGGCCGCUGGUCGAGGCUUGCCUCGGGCGUUCAGAACACGAAAACCCCUCUCUGCCGUCGCGGUCUCUCUUCAGUCGAGAAGGGCUGAUCCGGUACAUUCUCUGCUGCUGCCAGGAUCAGACGAAACGCGGAGGCUUGAGAGACAAGCCAGCCCGCAUGUCCGACCCAUACCAUACCUGCUAUGUCCUCUCAGGGCUGAGCUCGGCACAGCAUAAGUGGGAGCUUGUGGCACCAGAAGGGGAGCCAGCACUGAGCGCGGGAGAUACAGACAUGCCGGCUAGCCCCACCUGGCUUGUGUCGCCGUUCGUGGGUGACGACAUGCAGGUCUUUGAAGAGGCCGACCGGGUGAACACACUCCAUCCAGUCUACGCUAUUCCGGCCGAUUGUGUCGCCCGGACACAGGAAUUCUUCCGGGCCAAGGCAGGCUUUUAG